CUCCCUACCCAAUUCAAAUCCAAUUUGGCCUGAACCGGACACUCGACGAACGGGCAAGAGGUACUGCCACCUGCGCCGCUACGUGGUAUACAUUGUGCAACAGCUCCCUCGACGGCGCUACGGUGACGCUUGCACAUCACCCGCCGAACCCCGCCGAUCCAAUUCCAGAUUGAGCGCAUCACCGGUUCACAGAUAAGGGGCGAUAAGCGGCCUUGUCCGCCAACAUUCGAGAUAGCCAUGCGCAGCAUCUGGUCCUGCUCGUCGUGUGUCGUGCUGCUCCGUUUCGCCUGCAUAGGGAACGACGUGGCGGCGGCGCACGCGGGGCGGCAAAGGAAAGAUGAGCUUCACCGGAUUGCGAAGGCCCAGGUGACGGCGCACCCGGCGCACCCGGCGCGGAGGGACGAGGGCGCUUGCCCGACAGCGCAUAGUUUGUGUCCAGCAUCAUUGAGCGGCGACUGUUGUCCUGCUGGGUAUGCGUGUGCGACGGAUUCAUGCUAUGCGACAACAGCCGGGCCGACCUCGGCAUGCGGGAGGGUAGGAUAUUAUCCUUGCGCAUUCUCAGAGGGAGGGGGCUGCUGUCCAGUUGGCUACGUGUGCGGGACGAGGAACCAAUGCAUCCCUCCCGCGGGCGCCACGAUCACAAAUACUGAAUGCCCGCUCAAUUACUUUCUUUGCCCCUCCUCAGUCAACUACGGAUGCUGUAUGAGUGGGAUGGGAUGCGCUCGCGACGCGUGCUAUUCGACGGCCCCGGUGACCAACACUGUCAUCCAAACUAUCACGACCACAUCCGACGAACAAUUGGUAACGCAGACACGGACAACCGUAACCGUCGUCACCCCCACGCCUCCUUCUGCCCUUCCGGCAACCGAGGAUCCUAAUGUUAUUGCGAAAUUCAUACCGACCUCUGUCCCCAAGGUCUCGGCGAGUCCUUCGCCCGACGGCGGUGGCGGUCUGAGCAGCGGGGCAUUGGGAGGCAUUAUAGCCGCCGUGGUCAUUCUGUUGAUCGCAGUUGUCAUCGCUGCGUUUUUCAUCAUCCGGCGGCUGAAGCGCGUCGAGGAGGUGAUGGAGUCCAGGAAAGGCUCCUCGAGCGGGAAGAAAUCCAAGUCGCAGUCACAAGCACAAAUGGAGGAAUACGGCCGCCACCUCCAUUCCCCGACCGACGAAACGAGCAUCGAUCCCCUAAUGCAUGCGACCAACACCAGCAUUAGCGGCGCAGCCACGCCUCAGCCGGAAGCAACACGCAGCCGCUCCGACUCGGCCGGCUACGCUCCCAACGGCCGCUCCCGCCACGCCAGUCCGGACUCCAGCGCCGGCUACUUUGACCACAUCCCCGAACGAGUGCACAACAUGCCCGGCGGCAUGCACCACCAGCAGCCAACUCCCAUGACGGCCGCACGGAUGCGCAGCGACAGCGACAGCAACGGCCAGCAGCAGCAGCUGUACGCCGGCUAUGCCUACCGCCCUACCCACUGGCGGCAGCAGAGCGGCGCGAGCGAGCUGUCGGCCGACGGCAGCGAUAACGGCGCCAACGCCAACAUCUACAGCCCGCUUGUCUCGGAACUGGAUGCCUCGGGCGGGUAUGCGGAGCUGCCCAGCGCGACAACCGAACAGGAGGAUCCCAGGAGCAGGUCCAGCAGCGCUGCUAGUGUCCGCGGCCAUGCCGGCGGCGGCUCCGGAUGGUUCGGCCAUGUCAGGAAACGGAGUGAUAGUAGGGGUGUUGCCGAAGGUGGGAUUACAAGUCCCGGCCCGUCCACCUCGCCCGGGGUGGGUCUCGGACUGACGCCCCUCGAUGAGGCCGCCGAGAUGCAUGGGUAUUACGGGCGGAGGAAUCAGCAAGCUGGACAGACGGCUGCUGGGCUCGAUGUGGAGUGUGACGUGAGCUCGCCCGUCGUGCCGGGCUACAAGCCGCAGUUGCCACUGCCGCCGCAACCGCCGCAGUCGUCGUCCAGGGAGCAGCCAUGAGGUGAUGGCUUAGGCCAGGGGUUUUCUUUAUCUCUUCCUGGAGUUCGUUGCAGCUUUUUUUGUCUUUUUCGCAGCUUACGAAUACCCACACUCUCGAUUCUGCCUGACUGGCCAGAUAUUCUCAGGAAAACGGAACAGCUGGUCUUGAUUCCUCCCUCGGG